UUGUUGGCCGCCAUUUUGGUGCCUGGUUCUUCCCGCGGGGAGACGUGCAGGAAAAACAGGGAGGGUCUCUCUUCGGCAAUGAGCUCCUCAUCGGGACUGCUGGUGGUAGCCUGGCCACAGAUCGUGAUGCUUUCCCCCGUUGACUGUUCCUUCUCGUGGAUGGAAAGGAAAAGCAGGUCCCUGCCCCGAAGGGCUCGCAGUCUAAAAACAGAUACACAGAGAAUAGGGAGGGAAGCAGGGCCGCUGGGGGAGAAUAUGCGGAUAUUUCCUGAAGACGUAACUCGGGUUUGAUUACAGAUUUCUCAGAAAUCUCCCUAGGAAUCCACACACACACCCCCAACUGUCUAGCAAAAGCAGAGGCUGUUAAGAGUGUGGAGUUCUGCAUUCCGCUGCGAGAGAGAGCAAGUGAUGUCAGACUUCUCCGGGCUCUGCUAGUCAGGACUCCUCAGCAACCAUGGCAGACACCACCCUUGAGAUUGUUGAGCAGCCAACGGCCUCCGAGGUCUCUGAGGAGCCAGCAGGUGAGGAGCCCAUCAAAUCUGACCAGAUCAAUGGCGUUAUGGUGCUCACUCUUCUGGACAAGAUCAUUGGGGCUGUUGAUCAGAUUCAGCUGACACAGAGUCAAUUGGAGGAGAGGCAGCAAGAGAUGGAUGGUGUGGUGGCCAGCAUCCAAGGGGAGCUGGCCAAGCUCACCAAGGCUCACACCACCACCAGCAAUACGGUUAAUAAGAUGCUGGAGAAGGUCCGCAAGGUCAGCGUUAAUGUGAAAACAGUUCGGCAGAACCUGGAAAAGCAAGCUGGGCAAAUCAAGAAGCUGGAAUCCAAUGAGGCAGAGCUGCUGAAGCGUAGGAACUUCAAAGUCAUGAUCUACCAGGAUGAGGUUAAGCUACCAACCAAGCUGAGCAUCAGUAAGUCCUUGAAAGAGACAGAGAAAGAAGGGGAAGAGGAAGAAGUCCCAGCAGGUGAGGAGCACCCCGAUGAGGAGCAUAUCCAGUUCUCCUCAGAUGAAGAGGUAGAGGUAGAGGAGAUUAUUGAAGAGUCACGGGCAGAACGCAUCAAGAGGAGUGGCAUGAGGAAGGUGGAUGACUUCAAGAAGGCCUUCUCCAAGGAGAAGAUGGAGAAGACCAAGCUGAAGACCAAAGAGAACCUGGAGAAGACCAAGCUGAAGACCAAGGAAAACCUGGAGAAAACAAAGCAGAAUCUGGAGAAGACCCGGCACAACCUAGAGAAGAGGAUGAACAAGCUGGGUACCAAAAUUGUAACUAAUGAACGCAGAGAGAAAAUGAAGACUUCCCGGGAUAAGCUGAAGAAGUCCUUCACUCCUGACCACACAGUGUACGCACGCUCCAAGACCGCCGUCUACAAAGUGCCUCCCUUCACCUUCCACGUCAAGAAGAUCCGAGAAGGGCAGGUGGAAGUGAAGGCCACUGAGAUGGUGGAGGUUGGAGGGGAUGAGACAGAGAAUGCAGAUCUGCUGAGGGGUGAAAGCCCUGAGAUGAGCACGCUCCUGCAGAUCACAGAAGAGGCAGACACAGUGCUGGCGGACAAGAGCGACAGUGAGUAAGGCACAGGCAGCAGCAGCAUAAAAACAUCAAGAGUUGAACAUGUCACCUUUCACGUUUCCUCUUUUCAGCCCAUGUGGGCGUACACACACACACAGUAUAUAUACAUCCUACAGCCCCGCUUUCCCCCAAAAUGUAGCACCAAGGUGCAUUUUUUUAUAUUUCUGUUUUCAGCAUUGAACACGGGACUUCAUUGCAACCCCUCAAACACCAUUCCUUCUACUGAGAGCUUGCUUUGCCAGCCUGCUGUGGCAAUCCACCUAUCCUGCCCUCUCCUCAAAGGUGCUAAAGUAACUCAUUGUAUGCCUGAGAUGCAUGCUGCCUCAUAGCUGUUCUCCUUGGUGUCAAGAGUGCUUCCUGGGGACCAGAAAGCAGAUUGGACAGACAGAAGGGAGAGCAGAGAGCAGAAUCAAGGAGUGGCUGAUUGACUAAGUAUGUAACUGAACUGGGAGAAAAAAUUGCUGAAGAGAAAUUGGGUAAUUGUUGGGUAGGAAGAGCACGUCAUGGUACAAGAGUGAGUCUGUGCAUCCCCAAAAUACCUUUCUAAGGGAUUAUCUAGUUGUUAUACUCAUGAAGGACCAGCAACACUGGUGGAAAGCAGAGGAGACCUCAAAGCCCUUUGUGCUCUGAGCUGCAUCUGCCCAUGAGCCAUCUUGCAACAUGGCUGUUGUGGCUCUAGGAGGCAGUACUGUGCUCAUUUUCUGGUUGAGGAGAUGGAGGGGUGGGGCAGGUUACGCCGAGAGCGAGUGAACGAUGGCAUAGAGUCCGAGGACAGACUAAUUGUGCAAACAAUCAGCAGUCUUGACACUCUCCCUGGACUGGUCCUGAGCACUGCAUGUGGUUUUCUGCAGCACCUAGCUUCCCAGUCAACCUCUGUUUUUCCCUGCUAUGCUGGUUUCCAGUGCCCCAUUUUUCAACUAGGGUCCUGCUCUUUGGGUACUCCCUGGUGGGGUUGCUGUAGCUGUUUUGUUGAACCUUUCAGUUGGGAAGGGAGCAGGUAGCUAAGGGCCUAUGGGGUGGGGACAGCUGUGUUGCAGGUUUCUCAGAAACAUCCCCAACACACUUCCUUACCACUGCCUCUUUGCCAUUGGUGAGUGAGCCUGAAUCCUUGUUUGUCCCAAGCGCAACAAAGAUAUUCCCUCCCUCGUGUUUGGUGCAUGCAGCUGCCCUCCCUGCAUUUCCCCCACCUCCUGCUAGGAUUCUUCCAGGCUCCUCUCUGGGGUCAAGAGGGGAAGGUCUGCCACAAGCUCUGGCCCAGCAUUAAAUCUUGCCAUGUUGCCUCAGCCAUUCCGUACCCUGCACCCCUUACCACUACCUGUGCCAAAGCUGACUGCUCUAGCAACUUGGCGAAUGGCUUGGCUAAACUACCCACAACACCAGCAGGGAGAGAGAGGUGUGUAUGUGUGUGUGUAGUGGUCGGGGUGUGUGUGCUCUUACUUGACCAUAGAGUAUGCAAGUAAGUGUGUGUGGCGGUGGGGUGCCCUCUGCAACACUCUGCUUUCCUGUCAGCCUUUCUGUUCUCUUUUAUGUUGCUGUGGAUCUUGCAUCCAAGCGAAGAAGACCGAGCCAGAUGUGCCUAGCCUUCCAGGCCACCACACAUGGGGCAGAGAUCAUGCCACACUCCAGGGACAACGAGGGGUGGGGUAGUGCCAAGCAGCUGCUUUGUUCCUUUUCUAAGACUGCAUCCUGGUGAGCAGCGUAACUAAUAAACUUUCUUUUCUAAAAGAA